AUGCGACGUAUCGUUAUAAACAACGGUGUUCUUUGCCAGAUUGCCAGAUUUAAUUUUUUAGUAAGUUGUUUAAGAUUUGAUUCAAAAGAUACUCGAGAAAAUAGAAGACUUAUAACUAAAUUUGCGCCAAAAGUUUGGGAUAUUCUUAUUAAAAAUUGCAGUGAAACUUUAUAUAAGCCAAGUUCAUACCUAACUAUUGAUGAACAGUUGGAUGGUUUUAGAGGCCGAUGUCUAUUUAAAAUGUACAUUCCAUCUAAACCAAACAAGUAUGGUGUAAAAAUAAUAAUGAUGUGUGACAAUGCGACCAAGUAUAUGAUAAGCGCACUGCCGUAUUGUGGUAAGGGAACUGUUCCAACUAAUGAACCUGCUGCUAAUUACUUUGUUGAACGUUUAAUUUCAUCAGUAAAAGGAUCCAACCGAAAUAUUACCAUGAAUAAUUGGUUUACUAGUGUUCCAUUGACACAAAAAUUACUUGCAGAUUAA